AUGCCGCCGCCCUCGGGCCAAAAAGGCAGCCAGAAGGGCACGGGGAAGAAGGGUGGAGCGGGUGUCAUGCGCCAGCACCAGCACCCGCGCAGUCGCAACACCACGCCCAGCGCCGGCUCUCCCCAGGUCGCCAGCCUGCCCCCCAUUGAGCAGCACGAGACGGCUACCCUGGACGUGCGCUUCGACCUCUUCCGCAACAUCACGUACGACGACCUUGUCGACCACGUCGCCAACAACACCGCAUCGCCCGACUCCAAGAGCCUCGAUGGCCUCCUGUCCCGCCUGUCACGUCUUAGCGAGGUCAUUGACAAGCGGGGCACCAACUGUGACAAAGGCAUGCGUCUGCUCGCCCAGUCCCGCCGCCUCCGCGAGAGCGAGCUGGCUGCCGAGCGCGGCCGCGAGGAGGAACGCCGCCAGAAGGAAGCCGACGAGGAGGAGCGUGCCGAGCGCAAAGCCAACAAGAAGAAGCGGAAGGCCACCGAGAACCUGGCCCCGCCCCAGGGAAAUAGCAUAGAAUAUUCUUCCCCAGUUCGCGAGUCCGGAAACAAAGCCAGGAAGCUCUCCCGCGAUGACUCUGCCAGCUCCUCUCUCUCACCAGUCGCCCCCAGAACGCCCACUGCCAUGGAGGCCGACGAAAAGACAAAGACCGAGGAAAAUGACGACGACGACGACGAUGACGAUUCCGAUGACGAUGGCCAGCCUCCGCCGCCUGCACGACCACAGGCCAACACUUUUGGCGAUGACCCGUCUACCUUUCCCGAUCCGACCGUCUACGAAAUUCUCCCGGUGAAGCCGGGCAUGACAGAAGACGAAAUCAAGGAGAUCUAUUCAGUUGCAGUGUAUCCAAAGAGCGACCUGGCCGACAUAAUAGCUGGCGAUCCCCCCGAUAAAGACUUCAGCAAUGCGAAACCUAGUAAUCAAAUCAACUUUUCUACUUUCAGCACUUAUGUCGAACCGUUUUUCCGACCAUUCACAGAAGAAGAUCUCGCCUUCCUCAGAGAGCGUGGCGAUCGAGUCACGCCCUUUGUUAUGCCGAAGCGCGGGAAGAAACAUUACACAGAAAUAUGGGCCGAAGAGGACGGCGCCAUGGCCAUUGAUUCGGCAGAUGUCAAGGACAGGUUGCCUCCCAAUCAGCCUCGCGGUAACAUUGAGAACAUGAACGACGAAAUUGCCGAGACAGACAAGCUCUCGGUUGGGCCCAUUCUAGCACGGCUAUUGCAGACGAUGCGGCCCGAGCAUCGCGCACCGCCUGCGGAUGAGAGACAAAACGGCGCCACUGCUGACGGGGAUGUUACUAUGAACGGCGUCGAUCGCUUUGAUUUCGGGGACACUCAACCACAGACAGCAUCACCCACGGUAAAUGGAAUCAAUGGCACAACUGGACCGUCCGCCUCAAACCAGCUCCCGCCUGCGACUUUCAUGCCCGAGUCCAACAGCGAAUCAUGGAAGAAAGCUUCGCAUCCUAAACUCGAUUAUUCCCAAGUCGACGAACGUCUCAAACAAGAACUACGACAUAUUGGCUUCCUACCUUUCCCGCCCGACCAAACCAACGGGACCUCUUCCACAGCUAACAACGUCUCAUCAUCGAAUACAGGUAAUAACAACACGUCUUCCACGAGCGGCUCAUCUGCCUCGCAUCCCUCCGGCGGUGACCCUGGUCCCACAGCUGCCGACUUCGAUGGUCAUUAUGAUGAUGAAGUUGCCGCCCGAUUACGUCUUCUCCAAUCCCGUCUGCACGAGCAGGUUCUUCUUAACGGUGCCCGCAAAGCGCGUCUCACUGAGCUUGUCAAAGAGCGCAUGGCGUUUCAAGAAUAUCAGACCAUUCUUGAAGACCUUGACAGCCAAGUGCAAGCAGCCUACCUCAAACGGACCCGUACAAUGGGCAAAAAACCGAAGAAAGCCCGGCCAGGCGCCGCAAAGGAUGGCGCCAACGCGAAUGGCGGGUCCGGGACGCCCGGUCCAGGCGGUGCGGCAGGCAUGGCGAGGCCAGGCAUUGGAGACCUCACGCGCACGCUCAUGGAGCGUAGGCGGAGGUGGAUCGAAAACAUGGGACCACUUUUUGAGGAUGACGUGCCGCCUUCGGAAGAUAUGAGUCCAGCGGCGAGGAGGAUUAGAGGCUCCAAACUCAUGAAGGUUCCCAGAGUAAAUGAAGAAGGGAGCACGAUUUUUCCACGAGAAGCAAUGGCUGAACUUAUCAAGCGGGAGAAAGAGUCCUGGGACGACGAAGAGGCUGACGAGGAGUGA